CAGGAAGCCGACUGACACUGCCUACUCUGCCGCAAUGAAAAUUUUCGCGUAAUCCUCAGUCCAUUAUUUACCAACAAUUAUCGGGGAGCCAGCCGCUGCUGCUAAAACCCUUCAUUGCUUCGCUCCACACUGGCUUCCUUCUUCCACAAAUUCUCAGUCUUCGAAGCUUCCCGGUCUGGAAAUCGAGCCGCUUCCCUCCUAGCCUGCUCUCAGUUCUUCAGCUUCAGGUGAGCUCGGUUUCGUUCCUUUCUCUGCCAAGAUUCUUCCUUUUUACCUCCAUUGAUGUCCACUCUAUAUUCACUUAUCUGGGUUUAAGUUGUCUGGAACACAACUGAUGGACGCUCGUUUGCGACUCCGAAAGCUGCUAGUAGUGCCUUAGUUCAGAUAUUGGCCUCUGUGUUUCCUGUUUCUAUCUCUCAAUUCCCUAAAGCAUAGAUUGUCUGUAAAGAAACUAGUUGGCACCUGAUUUUGAGCCCGAGCUUGAGUUCUGAGGACAUCCAUCCAUCCAUGUGCGUUUGUGUAUUGCAGGAAUCCAAUGAUUUGAGAACAGGUGUGAACUUGGUUUCUUGCUACAAUGCCGGCUUUAGCUUCAACAACCAGGUUGCUUGUUCUAGCUGGUUACUCAUUGCCUUCACAGAAAUUGAAGUUACUUCCCGUUAGUGUAUCGACAUGGCGCCAUUCAGUAAGGUUCUUCAGUCGGGUUGCUAAAGAACACCAGGGCCCUCUCACUCUUGCUAGCCUGGGAUUCAGCAGUCAACUUGAGGCAACUACAGGCAGUACUGGAAAGAGGAGUAACGUUGAGAACAGUGUUAAAUUGACAAGGUCAUCAGUUGACAGGCCAAGGAGUAUAGCCAAGCCGGUUGUUAAGGCGAUAACAUCGGUUGACGAUAUAGAGCUCGAGGCCACAACAGGUAGUAAUGGAAAGAGUAGGAAAGUUGAGAAAAAUGUGAAACCGUUAAGGACUCCAGUUGACAGGCCAAAGAGUAAGGUCAAGCCGCUUGGUAAGACGAGGGGAUCAGUUGAUGAUAUAGAGCUCGCUCCGUUUUCUGCCAAAUCAUUCUCCGAGCUUGGCCUGCCGCCAUUGCUGAUAGAGAGAUUAGAAUCUGAAGGCUUCAAGGUUCCAACCGAUGUGCAAUCUGCUGCAAUUCCAACUAUCCUAAAAGACCACGAUGUCGUUAUACAGUCUUACACUGGGUCUGGCAAAACAUUGGCGUAUCUCCUCCCUAUACUAUCUAGGAUUGGACCUCUGAAGGAUGCCAACUCUACUUUGAAAUCCAAAGACGAUGGUGGCGGGAAGAGGAAGAACGACAUAGAAGCAGUGAUCGUGGCCCCAUCCCGAGAGCUUGGGAUGCAAAUCGUGAGGGAGGUCGAGAACAUAUUGGGCCCUGAAAACAAGAGAGCGGUUCAGCAGCUCGUUGGUGGAGCAAACCGUUCGAGACAGGAAGAAGCUCUCAAGAAGAACAAGCCAGCAAUUGUGGUUGGAACCCCUGGCAGGAUAGCUGAGAUCAGUGCAGCUGGCAAGCUUCAUACCCAUGGCUGCCGUUUCCUGGUGCUGGAUGAAGUUGAUGAGCUCCUCUCGUUCAACUUUCGAGAAGCCAUGCGCCGGAUACUGGAUCACGUCGGAAGGAGAUCCGAGCGUCGCACUGUAUUGGUCUCUGCCACAGUGCCAUUUGCAGUGAUAAGAGCUGCCAGAAGUUGGUCUAACGACCCAGUUUUGGUUCAAGCCAAGAAUGUAACCCCGCUUGAAUUGGUUCCUCCAUCUGGACCGCUUGAUUCAACACAGCCUGCAUCAGAUUCAAAUCCGUCAGCAUCGCAAAGCUUACCUCCAUCUUUGAAGCACUACUAUUCUGUGGUGAAGUUGCAGCACAAGGUGGAUGCUUUGAGGAGGUGUGUUCACGCCAUGGACGCCAAGUGUGUGAUAGCCUUCAUGAACCACACAAAGCAGCUGAAGGAUGUGGUAUACAAGCUGGAGGCAAGAGGGUUAAAUGCUGCGGAGUUGCAUGGAGAUCUUGGCAAGCUUGGGAGGUCCACGAUUAUGAAGAAGUUUAAAAAUGGGGAGUUGAGGGUACUUGUGACCAAUGAGCUAUCAGCGAGGGGACUGGACAUUCCCGAAUGUGAUCUCGUGGUUAAUCUGGACUUGCCUACCGACUCGGUUCACUAUGCUCAUCGUGCUGGCCGGACAGGGAGGCUAGGGAGGAAGGGGAUCGUGGUGACGAUUUGUGAAGAGUCGCAGGUGUUUGUUGUGAGGAAGAUGGAGAAGCAGCUCGGUGUGGCGAUUCAUAGCUGCGAGUUUACAGAGGGGAAGUUUGUCAUCGACGGAGAAGAGAAAGAAAAGAGUACGAUGGAUGGUGUAAGUGGUUCUUCUGAUAUGGUUCAACAAGCUUGUUCUACAUGAAAUGGAAGCUUCUGUAACGUUAGAUUGAACAACUCGUGCCAUGCACUGUUUCAUGUUGAGAUUCGUACUGAGAGUUUUGAGAUUAAUUAGUCCUCUUGACUCACAUUAUUUAGCUACUUUCUCAUGUCAAUAAUUGAAACUUUAUACAAACCGUGUUUUAGGUAGGAGUAAAACGAAAAGUAAAGAACCUAAUGGGCGUCGUUUAAGAUUAAAGAAGAUUUUUAUUU